ACUCUGUGCAGGGUCCCUUAAUCACUGCAGCUCCCUUGGAGAACACGUAACUAGUCCCAUUUCAGAGAUGAGGAAUUUGUGGCUCAGAAAAAGGGCGGACUCUAAAGUUCAGAAAGAUAGAGCGACUUGCCCAAGGUCGCGGGACUAGAAGGUGGCGGGGUCGGGAUUUGAACAACCCAGCAGAGCCAACACAGUGAGCCCUGGCUGAGCAUAGCUGAUGCUGUUCCUGGCUGUGUCCCCAGCACCUUGCACAGAGGAGGAUGCAGUUCAUCAGGUUGCCACCAUGGCACAGACGCUGCAGAUGGAGAUCCCAAACUUCGGCAACAGCAUCUUGGAGUGCCUCAAUGAGCAGCGGCUGCAAGGCCUGUACUGUGACGUGUCUGUGGUGGUCAAAGGCCAUGCCUUCAAGGCCCACCGGGCUGUGCUGGCUGCCAGCAGCUCUUACUUCCGGGACCUCUUCAACAGCAGCCGCAGCGCGGUGGUGGAACUGCCGGCGGCUGUGCAGCCUCAGUCUUUCCAGCAGAUCCUUAGCUUCUGCUAUACAGGCCGCCUGAGCAUGAACGUGGGUGACCAGUUUCUACUCAUGUACACAGCCGGCUUCCUACAGAUCCAGGAGAUCAUGGAGAAGGGCACAGAAUUCUUCCUCAAGGUGAGCUCCCCAAGCUGCGACUCCCAGGGCCUGCACGCCGAAGAGGCCCCGUGGUCCGAGCCCCAGAGCCCUGUGGUGCAGACGUCAGGCUGGCCGGCCUGUAGCACUCCUCUGUCCCUUGUGUCACGGGUCAAGACGGAGCAGCAGGAAUCAGACUCUGUGCAGUGCACGCCUGUGGCCAAGCGGCUGUGGGACAGCAGCCAGAAGGAGGCUGGAGGCAGCGGCAACGGGAGCCGCAAGAUGGCCAAGUUUUCUACUCUAGACCUGGUUGCCAACCGGCCACACCAGCAGGCCCCAGUGGUGGCAGCAGCCCAACCCACUGGGGUGGCAGCAGUGGUGGUAGCAGCAACAGGGGCUGGGGCUGGGGCUGGGGCUGGGGCCGGGGCUGGGGCUGGGCCAGGUCUGCCCUACUCUAUGGUGCAAAGGGCCAGGGUGAUCUUACUUUCGCUAUCCCUCUCUAGAUCUCUAGGCACUUCGAGUGCCUACACCAGCGAUAGCCCUAGUUCCUACCACAAUGAGGAGGACGAGGAGGAAGACGGAGGCGAGGAGGGUACAGACGAGCAAUACCGACAGAUCUGCAACAUGUACACCAUGUAUAGCAUGAUGAACGUCAGCCAGACAGCUGAGAAGGUGGAGGCCCUCCCUGAGCAGGUGACCCCUGAGUCCCGCAAUCGCAUCCGGGUACGGCAAGACCUGGCCUCUCUCCCCACUGAACUCAUCAACCAGAUUGGCAACCGCUGCCACCUCAAGCUCUAUGAUGAGGGUGACCCCUCCGAGAAGCUGGAGCUGGUAACAGGCACCAACGUGUACAUCACAAGGGCACAGCUCAUGAACUGCCAUGUCAGCGCAGGCACGCGGCACAAGGUCCUGCUGCGGCGGCUCCUGGCUGCCUUCUUUGACCGGAACACACUGGCCAACAGCUGUGGUACUGGCAUCCGCUCUUCUAGCAACAACCCUACCCGCAAGCCACUGGACAGCCGUGUUCUUCAUGCUGUCAAGUACUACUGCCAGAACUUCGCCCCAAACUUCAAGGAGAGUGAGAUGAAUGCCAUUGCAGCCGACAUGUGCACCAAUGCCCGCCGCGUCGUGCGCAAGAGCUGGAUGCCCAAGCUCAAGGUGCUCAAGACUGAGGGUGAUACCUACACCACCUUCAUCAGCGAAACGGGCAAGAUAGAGCCAGACAUGAUGGGCGUGGGCAAGAUAGAGCCAGACGUAAUGGGUGUGGGCAAGAUAGAGCCAGACAUGAUUGGCGUUGGCAAGAUAGAGCCAGACAUGAUGGGUGUGGGCAAGAUAGAGCCAGACAUGAUGGGUGUGGGCAAGAUAGAGCCAGACAUGAUGGGUGUGGAGCAUGGCUUUGAGACAACUGGCCAUGAGGGCGAGGCAGGCCCCUCAGCUGAGGGCCUGCAGUAACCCACAUCGGACCCUCCCCUUGGGCUGCACACUCCCCUCCCAUCACACCCCUGCCCACCAUCUUGGUCACGAGCUACUGUCUGUCCCUCCCCAGGGCCCGCGGGGGGGUGCUGCAUGCUCCUAGCCCCUCUGCCUCCCCUCUUCUACUCUCUUCCCCCAACACGAGCCGGCCAGGUGGGAGAGGACAGAGGAUGCCAGGGCAGAUGACCGAGGUCCAUGCUGCCUUCUUUAACACAUACUCGUGCAGUUGGGAGCUCUGACUCCUCCCCUAACCCCUAGCAAUCAUCUGUCCACUCACCAGGCCCACCAGGGAGAGGGGACUGGCCUGAGGGGCUUGGGAAGGCCCCCUCCCCAGGCCUUGGAUUGCCCUACACGGAAGCAUUCCUCAGCCUCUGCCCCUCACUGCAGCCCCUUGGGACUUGAGGGGGGGCCCCCAGGGGUUCUCAGGACCCCUCCUGCCACCUCCCAGUGCUUCCACGUCUCCAAAAGCGCCUUCCUGUCACCCUCGUCUGUCCCUGUGCCUGGGGGCUGGGGUAGGCGAGGCUGUGGAGACUACCCAUUUUACAGCUGGGGAAACUGAGGCUCAGAGAAAUUGCACAACUGACCUAAGGUGGAGGGCCCAGUGCCCAUUCUCCUCUCCCCUGCCUCUGUUGUCCCCCAUUGGUCCCUUGGAGCCUGAGAGAGGCAAGUCCUAAGGAAGGGAGUUGUUGGGGGAAGAUGGAGGGUCUCAGAGGCUAGGAGAAGAGGUAUGCAGGGCUGGCAGAGCGCGUGCGUGCGUGUGUGUGUGCGUGUGUGUGUGUGUGUGUGUGUGUAUAGAAGUUUUGCUUUCAGACAAAUGAAGAUUUAAAGCAGUAGGGGGCCCCUUCUCUCUAUUCUCCUCACCACAUCCCACCCCACAGCAGAGCCCCAGGCCUCCACAACCCCUGUACAUAAUUUUUAAAACUUUUUUUAGCGAAUGAACUAUUGAAGUAUAAGAUCCCUUUUAUUUUUCAAACCAAUGGAACUGUGUCCAAUGUCCCCCUCAGGCCUGGGCUGAGGAAGGCAGGCUGUCGUGGGGGUGCUGGGGGCAGGCUGAAUGUGUGCACAUGUGUAGGUGUGUGUUUCUGUGGUGGGGCCCCAGUCCCAGGUGCCACCUAGGCUCCUGUGGGUCUGCCCAGCUUCUCCUUCUCUUGUCCCCCUCCCCAACAGGGCUACAGUUUAAAGGGUGUCCCAGGUCUUGGCCAGAUGGCUUCUUCAAGGGCUGGGCAGGGCCAGGCCCACUUCCACUGAUAGGAUUUGUUUGCAGAAUUUUCUCUCUUACCUUUCCUUUCUAUUUUUUUAGUUUUACAUGUGAACAUGGAGGGCUUUUUUUCCUACUCACCAUUCCCCCACAUGGGUUGUCAUUUCACCAUCUCACAGUUGUGUUCGUGGCCCUUGACCUCCCUCCCCAUCUCCCAUCACACUUAGUGGCCUCUGUAAAGAGGUAGGGCCCUGAUUAGACUCUCUUGAGUGGUUUGGAGACCAUCCACCUGACUCAGCAGCCCUGCCUGCCUGCUGGGGGUCCCUUCUAACAUCUGCUUACUGCCGGGGUCAGUCUGGGGUGUCGGGGUCCUGGUGCUCUGCUGUCCUGGCCCAGCCUCAGCACCUUAGCCCCCAGCCAUCUGUCCUGGAGGGGGAGGGAGUCAACACCCCCAGCUAAAGCACAAGCACCUUAGUCACCAUCCCUCCCCUUACCUUGCCCUCCUAGCCUGACAUCCCACCCCAGCAUUGAUUUCCCAAAGCACAAUAUCCUGGUCACUUGGCAGCAGCUAUGCCCAGUGGGGGUAAGGAGUGGGUGGGACCUCCAGUCAGACCCCCAAAAGGAAGCAGGAGUUCCUAGGCACUCCCCUCCUUCCAGGCCUUAGUGUGGGGGGGCAGCUGUCUGGGACCAGGGGGUCUUUCUUCCUCCCCAUCCCCUUGUCCUGGGGAGGCCCCUGCCUGUUCCUCCCUGCCUCUUCCUCGGGUGGGACUUGCCCCUGUCACUUCUUUGAGCACUGGCUUGGGUGGCAGAGCCCACUUGUUUCAGGGACCCCAGGAGGUGCCCCAGGCUCCCGGGACUGUGUGCGUGGGUCUAGGGGGGGUGGGGGGUUGGGGGUGGGGAGAGGGUCUGGGCAGGGGGUGCAGGGGAGGAUACUCCUCACCAGGAGAGCCAAAGACAGGGUUGUGCCUUACCCCAAGAGCUUACCCACCCCUCUUGCCUUGCCAUCCUCUCCACCCAGGGCAGCCUGCUGCUUUUCCCUUCUUUUCCUGCCCUGCUCUGCUCUGAGCUGCAUGGUCCCUUCACCCUGGGCAGCCAGGAAGGAAUAGGAAUGGGGAAUCAUCAGAAAGACUGGGGCCCCCCCACCCAGCUCUGCUUCCCUGGCCCCCACUCACCUAAACCUCUUUCACGUGGGACAGGCCACCCACCCUGUCCAUGUGAAGUGCCAACACCCUCCUUGCCCUGGGCCAAACCCCUACUCCCUUCCUGGGCCCCCAAGUGAGAUUGCACAUUAACUACUGUAAGGAGAGGAGAGGUGUUGGCAAAUGUGAACCAUGAGGAUAUCAGUGAUACUGAUGAGAAUAAACUAAACGCCUUUGUAA